AUGCACUCCCAACUCGUCAUCGCGGCCCUGGCCGCCUCCGUCUCCGCCUCCGCCAACCUCUUCCCGGCACACAUGGCCAUCAGGCGUGAUCUCCUGGUCGCCCGCCAGACCGAGUCCGCCACCCCUUCUGCCACAGGCGGCCCCUCUGACACCGAGUGCCAAGCAUCGCUCCUGGCCAUCGCCACCGAGCUCCCCAUCCCCGACGGCGACCUGCUGGACUGGGAGCAGCAGCAGACCGGCACGGACCCGUGCUCCGUGACCGAGGUCCCGUCCUCGCUCUCCAGCGAGUACACCAGCUACACCGACGCCGUGCUCUCGUGGUACGCCGAGAGCAGCUCCGAGCUCUACGCGGCCAUCUCCGCCUGCCCGCAGUACGCCGGCGCCGUCUCCGAGGUCGCCGUCUGCACCUCCAGCCUGACCGGCCUGGCCGCGACCACCGGCACUGCGUCCAACGCCACCGCCACCGGGACCGGCAGCAGCAGCGAGGCUUCCGCGACGGGCUCCUCUACGGGCACCGCCACCCAGUCCGGGUCGUCCGACUCCACCGGUACCGCCUCCGGCUCUGCCUCUUCGUCGGCCGAGACUGCCGGUGCCCCAAUGCGGGAGGUCGGCAUCGUCGGCGCUGUCCUGGCCGGUGUCCUCGGCGUUGCUGUUGCCCUGUAA